AUGGAUCUUCUCCAAGGCUAUUACGACCAACUGGACGAUGAUUUGGGCUGUUCAGAGGACCACAACCAAAACCCUAAUUUCACAUCGUCCCCAGAAGCUUCGCCACCAAGGCUCCUCCUCCAAGCCAAGUCCGCCGCACCACCGACGGUGGAAAAGACAUUGUCAACGCCCAUCGAUCCCACCCAGCAGCACCUUGUCAACUUCAACCCUAACUUCUACGGCCCACAGCUGUCAUGCAUACGCAACCACAACCUUGGCUUCGUUGAAGACGCCUCCAUCGAGCCCUUCAUCUUCCACGAGCAGUACAAUACCUUCCAAACUGAUGGCUACGCCGCCGAUCCCUCCGCCUCUGACUUCGGCCAUAGAGAGAACGACGCCGUUUCCAUGUACAAUGUACCGCAGCACGAGCAGAAAAAGAAGCGCAAGAUUGAAAAGAGCAAGGUAUCGGAUGAGGGUUUGCCGGCUGAGCUAACGGAGGAGCAGAGGAAAUACGCCGAGGAGUAUUAUGCCAAGAAGAAAGGUGCACUGAGAGGCGGUGCCGGCGCCGACAAGGGAGAGGCUAUACUCGUCGAAAGAACUUGUUUUCAUGGAAAAGAAGAGAGGGAUUAUCAGGGAAGGUCUUGGAUAGCACCGCCUAGUUACGCCAAGGCCACCAAUGAGUACUGUUUUACACCCAAGAGGCUGGUCCACACUUGGAGUGGCAACACAAAGGGUGUGUCUGCUAUUAGGUUCUACCCCAGAUACGGGCAUUUACUUCUCUCUGCAGGGAUGGAUAGUAGGGUCAAGAUCUGGGACGUUUUCAAUUACGGGAACUGCAUGAGAACAUACAUGGGUCAUUCCGAGGCAGUUAGGGACAUUUGUUUCUCUAAUGAUGGCACUAAGUUUUUGAGCGCUUCUUUUGAUAAGAAUAUCAAGUACUGGGAUACAGAAACUGGCCAAGUCAUAUCCACCUUUUCGACCGGAAAAGUACCGUAUGUGAUUAAGCUUAAUCCGGAUGAGGAUAAGCAGAAUGUGUUAUUGGCGGGGAUGAGUGACAAUAAGAUUGUUCAGUGGGAUGUGAACGAGGGGAAGAAGAUCACUCAAAAGUAUAUUCAGCAUUUGCGUGCCGUGAAUACUAUUACGUUUGUUGAUAAUAACAGGAGGUUUGUUACUUCAAGUGAUGACAAGUCUCUCCGUGUCUGGGAGUUUGGGAUUCCUGCGGUGGUUAAGUGCAUCAGUGAGCCUCACAUGUAUUCUAUGCCUUCGGUUUCCUUGCACCCUAGUUCGAAUUGGCUUGCGGCACAGAGCAUGGAUAACCAGAUUCUUGUUUACAGCACUGGGGAGAAAUUUCAGCUAGAAAAGAAGAGGCGGUUUUCAGGGCAUGUUGUUGCGGGGCAUGCUUGCCAAGUGAAUUUCUCGCCAGAUGGACGGUUUGUUUUCUCUGGUGACAGCGAAGGUCGAUGCUGGUUUUGGGAUUGGAAGUCUUGCAAAGUCUUGAAAACUCUCAAAUGUCAUCAGGGGGUAUGCAUUGGGGCUGAGUGGCAUCCCUUGGAGCAGAGUAAAGUGGCAACGUGUGGCUGGGAUGGCUUGAUUAAGUAUUGGUAA